AUGAUUGGAAAUCUACAAGAAACUAUUUCACAGUUGGUUUAUCUUACAAGAGACGUAAAAAAGUUGAAAGAAGAAAUUAUUACAAAGGACACUACUAUAGUAGCUAUGGAAAAGGAUAAAGAAGCAGUUGAAAAGAAGCAAAAUGAGAUUCUUUCAGAAUUGCGAAACUUUUAUGAACAACAGAUAGAAGAAAUCAAAGCUGAAAAUGAACGGAAACUACAACAAGUUCAACUUGACACCGAUACGCAAAUUGCACAGUUUACAUGCGAGGUUGAGGAGUUGACGAGCAAACUAAAUGAAGUGGAAGCGCAACACAAGGAUAAGAUGAAUAUGGUAGAACUAGAGUAUGAAGAAAAGCUUCAACGUAGUGCAGCGCAAGUCGCACAACUUCAAGACCAGCUAGCAAGGCAAAGUAUGAGUACUGAUGCGACCAUAGAUGCGUACCGACAGAGAUUAGAAGAACUGGAAGAAAAACUGAAGCAAAGCCAAUUCAAAGGAUACCUAGCUCAGAACAGAGACUUAUACAAUAACACUCGUUCUGUUGAUUUAAAUCCAGUGCUUGAGAGCCCUAACCAGCUGCCAAAAUGUAUGAUAAAUCAGAACAAGAUGCCAAGAGAAACUAAUUCUCUUCAAGUUAUAUACAGUGACAGUAAAACUCCAUGUACGAUGAGCAGCAACGAAAAGAAAGGGCAAUUCAAUAUUAAAAAAAAGCGUAAGCUCUACACUGACAAGGGCUAUCAAGACUUUUAA